UGGCUGCUUCCUGGAAGGCGCUGUCACGUGGAACCUCUUAGCCUCAGCAUCCUGAACUGAUAGAAUUAAACAAAAACCGCUUUCUUUGGAACCUUCAGCCUUUAAGAACCAGUCACCUCAAGAUCUCAACAUCAUGAUCUCAGUUUCAACACAAUUGUUCCUAGUCCUCUUUUCAUUGCUUCUGGUGCUGCCUGUUGUUGAAGCAGUAGAAGCCGGAGAUGCAAUCGCUCUCUUGUUAGGUGUGGUUCUCAGCAUUACAGGCAUUUGUGCUUGUUUGGGGGUAUAUGCACGAAAGAGAAAUGGACAGAUGUGACUUUGAAGGGCCUCCUGAAUCAAACCUUGCCCUGAAAACCUUUGUGCUAUUGAGGUUCAGAACUGAGUUUUGGUGUCUGAAAGUUCUCAAGAAACAGUAAAUAGGGUAGCUUCA